AUGGAAGAUGCCAAUGAAGAGCCUGAAUCGACAAAAAUGGAAACUAGAAUUCCUGAAUUGGUAAAAGAAGUUGAAACUCCAAAGAUUUCAUCAACCGGAAGAAAAGUUUUGAAGAAAUUGCAACUUCCACGAGAUUCAGAUUUCAAUAAAGAUGAUGUUGGAAAAGGUAAACGGGAGAAAAAGCCAUCUUUUGCAAAGAAAUCACCGUGGAACAAAAGAGUUGUUGAUAUCAAAACAAAGUCAACAAAAGAAGAACUUAGGCUUUCAUAUGCAUAUUUUAAUGCAUGUAUUUGUGAGGGGAAGACAAACAUGGACACCCAGGAUAAAUAUAAGAUAGCUUUUGAAAGAUUCAAGGAAAACAUGGAUUUACAUAUAUCAACGAUGAAGCAAAAGUUCAGAGAUCCUUGUCUGUUGUUCUCUCGUAUUUGUGAGGGUAGACAAUAUUAUCUUCUUUGUUUCAAUCUCAAAACAAACAAAGGUUAUGUCAUUGAUAAUAUUGAAGCAGAAGACGAUUCGAUUGACAGAUACCAGGAAACUAUUUUUUUGUUGGGAGAAUUGUUGGUUGACUAUCUUGAGUACAAGAAACAUCCUCACCUGAAAAAUGAUGCAUUUUCUAAAGUAGAAAGGUUAAGAAUGAUAUGGCAAACAUCCAAUAAUGGAAUUGAUUGUGGAAUUUUCCUAAUGAGACAUAUGGAAUGUUUUAUGGGUAACGGACUAUCAGGUCUGAAGUGUGGAUUUAAGAAAGAAGGAGAAGUUCAACAAAAACAGUUAAACUGUUUGAGGAUAACAUAUCUCAACACAUUUCUGUUAUCCGAUUUUAACACAUUAAGAUGCAAGGUUUGUAAAGAAAUUGAAGAUUAUCAAGAAUUCCCCGAGAAGACUAAGAAAAUUUGGAAAGCGGAAGCUUUAAAAGAUAUCGAGAAAAGGAUUGAAGAAAGGAAGGACGUGCUUGAAUGA